AUGUUUGAUGUUGAUUGGAGUGACCCGAAUAGGGAGUCGGUUGGUGACAGGAGGGCAAGAAAGCAGAAGGAGAGAGAAUUCAGUGACAAGGCCAGCAGCAAUAAAGACAAUGCAGACAAGGAUAGCAAGAGGGACGGGCAGAGCAGCCAGGCAUCAGGCUCAGGCUCAGUCCGCAGCUCCAUAUCCUCGGUGGACAAGCAGUUUGGCUUCUUUGGCGGCAAGAAUAGGAAGAAGGGCCGCGCCCUGGGGAACAGCAAGUCAGCAGCCAGCUCCACCACCGGGGCCCCAACCAUCCACGAGCAGGAGCCCACAGAAGACAUCGACAACAACAUCGUCGAGUCACCAAAAGAGGCGUCUUCUCACGUGCCACAGGAUUCUGAAGUGGUUGAUACAGAAGACCAGCAUCCCAGUGUUUUUGUAAAGCCUCACAGCAGCUUUCCCGAGGCUGUAUUCAACACGUGGAACGAGAAUCUCCCAGGCGGCUCCCUCUUGGGCUACGACAUGGCGUCCCCCAAGCCGGGAUUGAAGUCCACUCUGACCCAGCAUCUUGGGGACGGAAUCUCUUUCAUCACGAAGACCACUGAGGUCAGGUCGCAGCCUCGAGACAAGAACGACCCUGACUACCUUGUCUCCAAGGUGACGCUGUCAGCAGGUCCUUCUGAAAACGAGUCCAAGGAUCUGUCUGCAAAACCUACCUCAUGGCAGCCCCCUCCACAGGUCACAGGCGUGACUCACAGCCUGGCAACUGUUCCGGAGUCACCCUCUGCUUCAAACCUCGAAGAUGUGCAUCAUCUGGUGCCAAUGAUCACUGAUCUCUCCCUUACUCCUGCAACCAACAAGGCUCCUACCACGGGGGCCGAGCCCAAGCAUGGGUUGAAGCGCAAGCCGAAGGCCCCUUUGAAGGCGCCGGCGAUUGUCCCUGCCAAUCAGCAGUAUGUUGGGAACCCUGACCUGUGGAAAGCCCCAGAGGUAUGGGAGUACAGCGCGAGUGAGCCCGAAGUCUCACCCGUCGACGAGGCGGCUGUGCCCAUUGGCUCGGAUGAGAUCAACCAACUCGCCCUCGACCUGGCGAGUAUGCAGCGCGAGGCCAAUCGAAUGCUUCAAGCGAGCCCUCGGACCAUCUUGCUGCGCCUCAAGGCGAAAUGGGGAGACCAGGACAUUCACGUAGCUAUGGAGGCGGGCACGGAGAGCACGCAGGAAGACGUUGAUAUCGCCGUCGACCGGGCGCUGAUGUACAAGGAGCUCGAGAUGGACAGGAAGCGGUGGAUGCUAUCUGCGUUGCACCACAUGGAGACCGACACGAAACCAAACACCCCCAUGUCCAAGCCCAAGGUGAAGCCCAAGGUGCAAAAGAUCCUCUCCCUCUUCGACAGCCAAGCCGUCACCUCAUACCUCGCGAUUUCCAACCCGAGCGUCCCCAUCUACCACCUCUCCCCAGACCCUCUCUCACACAGGCGGUACCCCAACAUCCACCCCAUGACCUGCCCGGCCAUCUCGGCCUCGGCAGUGGGCGUGGCAACAGAGGCAUUCUCCGCCGUGAACUGCCUCCCCAUCGCGUCGAUCCUGCCGUCGUCGGACCUGCCGAGGCUGCUCCAGAACAUCUUCCGCGUCCUCGCCCCGGGCGGCUUCCUGAACAUGGUCAUCGUCGACCCCCUGCCCACCCCGUCCUCGGCGGGCCCCGCCCUGAGGCAGUGGCUGGACGAGAACCUCAUCUUCAACCUCGAGCAGCAGUUCAGGUGCACGAAUCCUAGCAGGAACUUCCCCGUCUGGCUGCUGGAGGCUGGGAUGCGCGCCAAGGGCAGCGUCAUCACCACCACCCGCUUCCAGGCUGUCAUCCCUCAGGGCCAGGCGGGCGACGGCAGCGGCAGCGGCGGCGGCAGCAGCAGCGGCAGCGCCUCCGAGAUGGCCACGAUGAGGGAGCUGCGCACAACAGUCGGCCGCAUGCUGUGGCGGGAGAUCUGGGGGCCCUUUGUCGGCGCCGACAGCUGGUGGUGGGAGGUGCCCAAGAUCGUCGACGAGUGCUUGAGCCGGGACACGUGCUGGGAGUACAGCGUCAUCGCCGCGUGCAAGGAGAGCGAGGCCUGA